GCGAAAAGCUUUAAUUGUCGGUCGUGUGUGCUCGGGAGCUCUGAAAUCUAACAAAUUUCCUUGAACUUGAGCUGGAAAAACAAGUUGCGAAUAAGGUUACUUGCAAAUAAGGUUUUUAGAAUUCCGAUAAGGAUAACGUAAUCCAAAGAUGGCAUUAACGGAGGCCCUCUUUCUGGUGGUCGCCGCCCUGGUGGCGGUGUACGUGUGGUUCCAGCGCAACCACACCUACUGGCAGCGCAAGGGUUUGCCCUACAUCCCACCCACGCCCAUUAUUGGAAACACCAAGGCAGUCUUCCAGAUGAAGAAUUCGUUCGGCAUGUACCUGUCGGAGCUGUAUAACGAUCCUCGGGUCAAGGACGAAGCCGUGGUGGGAAUUUAUGCCCUCAACAGGCCCGGCCUGAUUAUCCGGGAUCCCGAGUUGAUUAAAUCCGUGCUGAUAAAGGACUUUAAUCGGUUCCACAACCGCAACGCCCGCUGUGAUCCCCAUGGAGAUCCUAUAGGCUAUAACAAUCUGUUCUUUGUGAGGGAUACCCAUUGGAAGGAUAUCCGCACCAAGCUGACGCCUGUCUUUACCAGCGGCAAGGUCAAGCAGAUGUACAGUCUGAUGCAAGAGAUUGGCAAAGACCUGGAGAUUACUCUUCAGAAACACGGGGAGAAGAGCUCUGGUACAUUCAUCACCGAGGCCAAGGAGAUCUGCGCACAGUUCUCCACAGACAGCAUCGCCACCAUCGCCUUUGGUGUCCGGGCGAACAGCCUGGAAAAUCCGAAUGCCGAGUUCCGUAACCAAGGUCGCAAGCUGUUCACCUUCACCAUACCCCGUGCCAAGGAUUUCUUCGUGGCCUUCUUCCUGCCCAAGCUGGUGUCGCUGCUGCGCAUCCAGUUCUUUACGGAGGAGUUUGCCCACUUUAUGCGCAGCACCAUCGGUCACGUGAUGGCGGAAAGGGAGCGCACUGGCUUAGUACGCAACGAUUUGAUUGAUGUACUAGUUGGUCUGCGAAAGGAGGCGGCCGACAAGCCAACAAAACCACAUUAUGCAAGAAAUAAUGAUUUCUUGGUGGCUCAGGCGGGAGUCUUUUUCACCGCUGGCUUCGAAACCUCCUCCUCGACGAUGUCCUUUGCUCUUUACGAGCUGGCCAAACAUCCGAAGUUGCAGGAACGCCUGCGAAAGGAGAUCAACGAAGCUCUAGUGGAAGGUGGGGGAACUCUGUCCUACGAGAAGAUCCAGUCGCUGGAGUAUCUUUCCAUGGUGGUGGAUGAGGUGCUGCGCAUGUACCCAGUGCUGCCAUUCCUGGACCGAGAGUACAACAGCAUCGCGGGCGAGCCAGAUCUGACACUGAAGCCUUUCUACGAUUAUACGUACGAAAUCGGAACGGCUGUGUUUAUACCAGUCUAUGGACUACAUCAUGAUCCCAAGUACUGGACCAAUCCCAGCCAGUUUGAUCCGGAGCGCUUCUCGCCCGAGAAUCGCAAAAACAUUGUGGCCAUGGCCUAUCAGCCUUUUGGAAGCGGUCCCCACAACUGCAUUGGCAGCCGGAUUGGCCUACUCCAGACCAAGCUGGGACUGGUGCAUCUGUUUAAGAACCAUGCUGUGAGAAAUUGUGCCGAUACCAUAAAGGAAAUGAAGUUCGAUCCCAAGGGCUUUGUGCUACAGGCCGAGGGUGGCCUCCACCUGGAGAUGGUCAACGAUCGUCUCUACGACAACAGUGCAUCGCGGGUGCACUUCUCAUUCGGUUGUUGUUCCAAGAUAUUCGGUAUUCCCUUGCUGAACUCCAAAAAAAAGGGCACAAUGUUGAUUCUCUGGCUCCUAUUGCUCACCACGCUGAUGCUGCAUUCCUGGCUGAGGCACAAGUACUCUUAUUUUACCAAGCUUGGAAUACCCCAUCUGCCAGUCUCCUCCUGUUCCCCUCUGGGUCACCUCCGCCAGCUCCUUUUUCUCCGGAUUUCCUUUGGCGAUCUCUUUAAGAAUAUCUACGCCGAUCCACGCUGCAGUCAGGCCAAGAUUAUAGGCUUCUUUGUGCUCCAGACCCCAGCUUUAAUGAUCAGAGAUCCAGAGAUAAUCCGCCUGGUGCUGAUUAAGCAUUUCAAUAGCUUUCUGAAUCGCUACGAAGCAGCGGACGUUGGAGAUCCUAUGGGAAACUUGACGCUGCCUCUGGCCAAAUACCACAACUGGAAGGAGAGUCGGCAGUGCAUGUCGCAGCUCUUCACCAGCGGUCGCCUGCGCGAGGUGAUGUAUCCCCAGAUGCUGAACGUGGUCCACGACCUGGAGAACUAUCUGAAGGAAAAGCUAAGGAACCUAUCAGAGAGAGUGCUUCCCUUGAGCAGAAUGUGCCAGCUGUACACCACCGAUGUGACGGGAAAUCUCUUUUAUAGCCUGGAUGUGGGAGGAUUACGCCAGGGAAGAUCCCAGCUACUCAAGAAAACCAAGGAGUUGUUUAAAACCAAUCCACGGAAGGUCUUGGACUUUAUGAGCGUAUUCUUUCUGCCCAAGUGGACCAAGGUAGUGGGAGCCAAGGUUUUCAGCGAGGAUUAUGCACAGUUUAUGAGGCACUUGGUCGAGGAUCAUGACGAGCCCAAGAAGGGGGAUCUUAUUAACCAGUUGCAGCACUUCCAGCUGAGUCGUUCCUCCAACCACUACUCCCAGCAUCCCGACUUUAUAGCCUCCCAGGCGGGCAUUAUACUGCUAGCAGGCUUUGAGACUUCUUCAGCGCUGAUGGGUUUUACUCUCUACGAGCUGGCCAAGGCACCUGAAACCCAGCAGCGUCUCCGGCAGGAACUGAGGGAAGCUUUUCUUGGCAGCUGCACUUCCUCUAUUAGUUAUGAUACACUGUCUACCUUGCCUUACCUCAAAAUGGUUUGUCUGGAGGCCUUGCGUUUGUAUCCAGCUGCAGCUUUUAUCAACAGAGAGUGCACCAGUCCGGAUUCGGAAGGAUUCUCCUUAAAGCCACAUGUGGACUUUGUGAUACCCCGUGGAAUGCCAGCUUACAUCUCUAUACUUGGCCUGCAGCGCGAUGAAAAGUACUGGCCCGAUCCUUGCCGCUUUGACCCCGAAAGAUUCGCCCCCGAGAGGCUUGACAGCAUUGUGCCCAUGACCUAUAUACCCUUUGGAGCUGGUCCCCAUGGCUGCAUAGGCAGUCGCCUGGGUAUCCUCCAGCUGAAGCUAGGCCUGGCUCACAUCUUAAACCUAUAUCGCGUGGAGGUCUGUAAGCGAACAGUGCCGGAGAUUCGCUUUAAUCCUAAAAGCUUUAUGCUAGAGUCUCAAGAUGAGAUAUAUUUGCGGUUCUGCAAGGAUUCUCCGACCUAAAAACCGUAUUGGAUA